CGUUCCUGGAGCCUAUUUGCUACCUCCCCCUCAGGUGUGGAGCAGACCAAACAGUGCAAGGAGGAGCCCAAGGAGGAGAAGGUGGUGAAGCCAGAGAGUGUCCUGAUCAAGCGACGCCUGUCAGCCCAGGGCCAGGCCAUCUCAGUGGUGGGCUCCCUGAGCUCCAUGUCUACUCUGGAGGAGGAGGCGCCUCAGGCCAAGAGGAGGCCAGAGCCCAUCAUCCCUGUCACACAGCCCCGGCUAGCGGGCGCUGGUGGGCGCAAGAAAAUCUUCCGCCUGAGCGAUGUGCUGAAGCCCCUGACGGACACCCAGGUGGAGGCUAUGAAGCUGGGCGCCGUGAAGCGGAUCCUUCGGGCGGAGAAGGCUGUGGCCUGCAGCGGGGCAGCCCAGGUGCGCAUAAAGAUCCUGGCCAGCCUGGUGACGCAGUUUGACUCGGGCCUGAAGGCGGAGGUCCUUUCCUUCAUCCUGGAGGAUGUGCGGGCCCGCCUGGACUUGGCCUUCGCCUGGCUGUACCAGGAGUACAACGCCUACCUGGCGGCCGGUGCCUCGGGCACCCUGGACAAGUACGAGGACUGCCUCAUCCGCCUGCUCUCCGGCCUGCAGGAGAAGCCAGACCAGAAGGAUGGGAUCUUCACUAAGGUUGUGCUGGAGGCGCCACUGAUCACCGAGAGUGCCCUGGAGGUGAUUCGCAAGUACUGCGAGGAUGAGAGUCGCACUUACCUGGGCAUGUCCACUCUUCGAGACCUGAUCUUCAAGCGCCCGUCCCGCCAGUUCCAGUAUCUGCAUGUUCUGCUAGACCUCAGCUCCCACGAGAAGGACAAGGUGCGUUCCCAGGCCCUACUGUUCAUCAAGCGCAUGUAUGAGAAGGAGCAGCUGCGAGAGUAUGUGGAGAAAUUUGCCCUCAACUACCUGCAACUCCUGGUCCACCCCAACCCGCCAUCCGUGCUGUUUGGAGCCGACAAGGAUACAGAGGUGGCGGCGCCCUGGACCGAGGAGACCGUAAAGCAGUGUCUGUACCUCUACCUGGCUCUCCUGCCUCAGAACCACAAGCUCAUCCACGAACUGGCAGCCGUGUACACGGAGGCCAUCGCCGACAUCAAGCGGACGGUGCUGAGGGUCAUCGAACAGCCGAUCCGAGGAAUGGGCAUGAACUCACCGGAGCUGCUCCUGCUGGUAGAAAACUGUCCCAAGGGGGCAGAGACACUGGUCACACGAUGUCUGCACAGCCUCACGGACAAAGUCCCGCCCUCCCCAGAGCUGGUGAAGCGGGUCCGGGAUCUCUACCACAAGCGAUUGCCAGAUGUCCGCUUUCUCAUCCCUGUGCUCAAUGGACUGGAGAAGAAAGAAGUGAUCCAGGCCCUGCCAAAGCUCAUCAAACUCAACCCCAUUGUGGUGAAAGAGGUCUUCAACCGCCUGCUGGGCACCCAGCACGGUGAAGGGAACUCAGCCUUGUCCCCGCUGAACCCUGGAGAGCUUCUGAUCGCACUGCACAACAUCGACUCGGUGAAGUGUGACAUGAAGUCCAUCAUCAAAGCCACCAACCUGUGCUUUGCGGAGCGGAACGUGUACACAUCGGAGGUGCUGGCCGUGGUGAUGCAGCAGCUGAUGGAGCAGAGCCCCCUGCCCAUGCUGCUCAUGAGGACCGUCAUCCAGUCUCUGACCAUGUACCCCCGCUUGGGGGGUUUCGUCAUGAACAUCCUGUCCCGCCUCAUCAUGAAGCAGGUGUGGAAGUAUCCCAAGGUGUGGGAGGGCUUCAUCAAGUGCUGUCAACGCACCAAGCCCCAGAGUUUCCAGGUCAUCCUGCAGUUGCCACCCCAGCAGCUGGGUGCCGUCUUUGACAAGUGCCCAGAGCUCCGGGAGCCCCUGCUGGCCCACGUCCGAUCCUUCACCCCCCACCAGCAAGCACACAUCCCCAACUCCAUCAUGACCAUCCUGGAGGCCAGUGGCAAGCAGGAGCCAGAGGCCAAGGAAGUACCUGCCGGGCCCCUGGAAGAGGACGACCUGGAGCCCUUGGCCCUGGCCCCGGCCCCAGCCCCAGCCCCCCGGCCCCCUCAGGACCUCAUCGGCCUGCGGCUGGCCCAGGAGAAAGCCUUAAAGCGUCAGCUAGAGGAGGAACAGAAGCUGAAGCCAGGAGGAGUGGGAGCCCCCUCGUCGUCGUCCUCUUCCUCCACCCGGCCAGGCCCUCCCCAGCCCGAAGAAACCAUAGAUUUCCGGGAGGAGGGGCCUGAGUGUGAGACCCCGGCCAUCUUCAUCAGCAUGGAUGACGACUCGGGGCUGACCGAGGCCGCACUCCUGGACUCUAGUCUUGAGGGGCCCCUACCUAAGGAGGCAGCGGGCGGGUUGACCUCAAAGGAGGAGCGCAGUCCCCAGACCCUCACCCCUGCCGGAGAAGACACCAUGAAGACCCCCAGCCCGGCCGCUGAGGAAUCCGGGGAACCCGAGAGCAAGGGGAACAGCUGACGGGGCUUGGUGGGGAAGGGGAGUGGGGCAGGGAGCUCGGGAAGGGCGGGGCGGGGCCUAGCCGGCGGGGCUUUGCCUU